CGUUCAAGAAGGUCUACUGCCAUGCUAACUGCACAAAGAAGUCCACACACUCCUGAAAUUAUGGAAUGGCACAUGUCUAGUGACCUUAGUCAGUCAACAAUCUUGGGUAGGAGUGGCAGUAAUGCUUGCACAUUCAUUGCCUUGUGUUGUGGGCAUUUGUUUCAUCAAGCUAAUCUCCAACCACCAACAAAUGGAACUGACCCGGACAAUGGUUGGCAAGUGUGCCUUAGAAAAGUUAUUAUUUCUGGUAAUGAAAUACAUGAUGACAUCUUUGAGCAUGAUCCUGUAAAUGUAAGCGUUGAUGAAGCUGAACAAAUUGCAGGGAGCAAGUGUCAUGUGGAAAAGUUAAUGCCACAGUUAGAUGUGUUUGGUCAUAAUGCUACUGGUCAACUAUCGACAGUUUUCGAAGGUUUAACAGAAACACAGAGACCCAAUUGCAGUGUUGUCAUUAGUGAUGAAUGUGCAUUCCUGUUCAUUGUGAACACUGAUGGAUCAGCCAUGCUGAUAGAUUCACAUCAUCAUAAACAGUAUGGAGCUUUGAUAUCAUAUGCACAACCAAAUGAUGUAGGCCAUAUGGCGCCAUGGUUGCCAAGAAUGAUGCAUCAAACAUGGAAGUCAACAUUGAAAACAACAUCAGUAACUCCUGCUAUUUAUAGGCAGGUCUAAUACAUGUACAACAAAAAUUAUUAUUGUUUUGUAAGACCUAGCAGCUGUUUAACCUUGUUUGUUUAUAUA